GUCGCGGGUCCAGAUCAACUCACAUUAACCAACGUUUAUGAACGCCAAUUAAUUGGACAAAUUAAAUAAUGGCAUCUGAUAAUCACCAACUGACAGAUUGAGUUCAAAUGGCCAAGUUCCUAUGUAGCCUUUUUCCACAUUUACAAAAUAAAUUACGAUUUAUUUAUUGAUUAUUCAUUCGGCUGCAAAUGUUAAACAAAUGGAUUUCGUUAUUAAAACGUUGGACCACACAUCUUCAUUUAAAUGAAUACGUUUUGCGGGUUUUCCUUUAAUGAGCAUAAAACGGCCUGCAUUCACGCGCCUAUACAGUCACGUGGCUACGUCAUCUUCAGCUGCUCCUGCAGUCACUCACAUCCUGAGUAUGGAGUAGGAUGUUUUUCUCUGCAGCAAAGUCAAGAGCUGUGUUGAACACCGGAAACCCUCAAUCGUUCUUAUCUGUAUUAUUAUACCCUCCUACCAAUAUUACCAUUUAGUAAAUAUGAUGGUGGUCACAGUGAUGCACCAUGGCUUCUUAUUUUUAUUUUACCGUACGAAAAAAAAAGUUUGUAUCAUCAUAAGGUAAAAUGUUCCACGCCAUGGCUGCCUCACUCUCCCUGCUCCUCUCACUCCUCAUACUGGGCACGCUUUCUGCACAGGAACUGGCCUCUGAGCAUGUCCUUCCCCAUCUGACCAGCUGUGUUUCUAACGACAUGGAAACCUUCCGCUGCAGUUGGAAUGUCGGAACAUUCCAGAACCUAUCACAGCCCGGAGACCUCAGGCUAUUCUACAUUAAAAAGAACCUCCAGUCCCUCAGAGAGUGUCCCCAGUACGGCCCCCCCGGCACCAGUGAGUGCUACUUCAGUGAGAACCACACCAGCAUCUGGAUCUACUACAGUGUGCAGCUCUUCUCCCGGGACCGCGCCGUCCUCUAUGACGAGAGAAUCUUCCCCAUCGAGGAGAUCGUUCAACCCCAUCCACCUGUGGAGCUGAACUGGACCCUGCUGACAGUGGCCCCGAGCGGGACCCACUUCGACGUCAGGCUGAGCUGGAAGGCCCCGCAGACGGCCGACGUCAAGACGGGCUGGAUGAGGCUCGAGUACGAAGUGCAGCACCGCGAGGGGGCCGCCGACGCCUGGAAAUCGAAAGACCUUCAGAGGAACACGGUUACCUCACUCUAUGGGCUGCAGACCAACGUGGACCACGAGGUCAGAGUGAGGUCUAGGAUGCUGUCCUUCAAGGAGUUUGGAGCUUUCAGCGACUCCCUAUUCAUCCGUGUCGCCUCCCAAGUCUCCAGAUUCCCUAUUGCCAUCCUCUUGAUUUUCGCUGCCUUGUGUUUCCUUGGCGUUCUAAUAUUGGUCAUGCAACAAAGGUUGAUGGUUAUACUCCUGCCUCGGGUUCCUGGACCUAAAAUCAGAGGAUUUGACCCAGAACUACUCAAGAACGGCAAGCUGUCGGAGCUGAUGUCCGCUCUGGGGACGCACGACCAACUGAAGUCUACCAACAACGACCAGAGCGACCCCUGGGUGGAGUUCAUCGACCUGGACAUCGAGGAGGAGGAGGAGGAGGAGGAGGAGGAGGGCUCAUGCGGGCCCGGGGACGCCGGCUCCCCCUCCUCGCCCCGCGCGCCCCUCUCCUCCCUGGGGCUCCGGGACGACAGCGACUCGGGCCGGGACAGCUGCUGCUGCUGCGACGGCCCGUCCGACCACGGCCGCUCCCCCUCCUGCGAGCCCCCCGCGCCCCGCGGCCCCGCCCGGGACCCCUCUGCCUGGCCGACCCGGGAGCGGGCGGGCCCCGUGGGCCUCCCCCCCGCCGAUCUGUACACCCUUGUGAGCCACGUGCACGGCUCCGGAGAGGUGCUCCUCAAGGCCGGGGAGGAGGAGGCACAGCGGAAGGAGGAGGAGGAAGAGGAGGAGGAGAAGCACAAGCAGGAGGAGGAGGAGGAGGAGGAGGAGGAGGAGAAGGAAAACGCAAAGAUCGACUUCCGGCUGGUGAUGACGGCGGACGCGGAAGAGGCUGAAACCUGGGGGUACUCCUCAGAGCGGGACGCGGGCAAGACGACCGUAGGGGAGCCCAGCGUCCCACCGUCAGCCCUGCCUUCCUGGGGGUGCCAGGGCUGUCCCCAAGGGGCCUACACGGCUGCACAACCCCUGAGCUACACCCUGGUGGAGGGGGUGGACAAGCAGAACAGCCUGCUGCUGGGGCCCAACAACACACCCGUCGCCUGGCUAUGCACGCCCAAGUCUGUGCCGACGCCUGAGGGAUACCUGACCCCCGACCUUUUGCGGGACAUCACGCCCUAGAUCGUGAACAUGUAUUCCACAUGUUGGCUGCCAGCCAAAUUGUGUUGAAGAUACGAUGUGGUGUGUAACAUUUGGUGCCUGGGCUCGGGGCACCACCGUUAGUCUCUCUAUCGCCAUCUGGAGGAGGAGGGUGACACUACUGCUGUCACAGAAGAAUAAAGAUUAUGAGAGAGUUCUCUUUAGGUUUUACUGGGAGGACUGUGUACCUCGUGGAAUGACACAGGGCCACCUAACGUGUCAGUUGUGAAGUGUUUAACACAACCACUCCUCGGGGUCUGGUUCAUCCCCUUACACAACUGUUUUGCUUAGGGGGGAAAUGUACAGACCACAAAAAAACAUAUAACCCAGGGAAUGUCUUUGUUUGGAACUGGUCUGGUUAGAUUUUUCCGAAUAAGCCCUGAGGUAAAACAAAAAAGUUUGUCUCGGUUUAGUCAUUCUAAGUAGCGACCUCUGUUGAGGAAUUAAAAAAAAGACAUUGUAAAGUGAGUUGGUUUGGUGUUUUUUUACAUAUAAUAUUUUUUUUACUGUUUUGUUAACUCGGCCAAGUAUUUUGUUUCUCAUAAAACAUAUUUGUAAAAAGUCAGUAGGCCUCCUCUUGGAUAUAUAACAUUGAAAAGCUAAACCUCUUUUAAGUCACACCUUUAAAAGUUUAGACAGAUUUUUUUUAUGUUAUACUUAAAAAUGUAGGAUAUCAUGCUGCUUCACACUGACUUAUCACAGUGCGAUUGAACGUGAUGAACCUGUUUUUUUUGUAGUGCACUUGCAAAUAAAGUUGGUGACUUCUUCGCUGUGUGAUCUGAGUGAUCUGUGAUUGGUGUACACGGUUUGGACCCUAGUCUGUGAUUGGAUGGUGAAAGUCAGAUAGCGUAUGGUGUAAAUAGCUUCUGGUUAGCUAGCACAGAUGGCAAACGGUCAUUUGAAAAUAAAAACAAAAGCUCCGUGUU